AGAUAGGUUAAGGGUUAAUUGAACAGCUGCAAAGGAUCAUGUUAUCUCCGGUGAGUUUAAUGGUGGCCAUGUUGGUGGUGAGCGGAGGAGCAGCAGCAUACACACAAGAUUAUAAAGAUGCAUUGAUGAAAAGCAUUAUGUUCUAUGAAGGCCAAAGGUCUGGUAAAUUACCUCCUUACCAGAGAAUGACAUGGAGAGAUGAUUCUGCUCUUCAAGAUGGUUUUGACAACCAUGUGAAUCUGGUAGGCGGCUACUAUGAUGCAGGUGACAACAUCAAGUUUCACUUUCCCAUGGCAUUCACAACAACAAUGCUAGCUUGGAGUGUAAUAGAAUUCGGGGAUUUUAUGAGCCCUCAAAGUGGACACGCAAUUCAGGCCAUCAAAUGGUCUACUGAUUAUCUGCUACAAGCCACCAGCAUUAAGGAUGUGGUUUAUGUGCAAGUAGGAGACCCUUAUGCUGAUCAUAAUUGCUGGGAAAGACCUGAAGAUAUGGACACUCCUAGAACUUCUGUGGCCGUCACUAAAGAUUAUCCUGGCUCUGAGGUUUCUGCUGAGAUUGCCGCGGCAUUGGCAGCAUCUUCAAUUGUUUUCAGGAGAAUUUAUCCUGCUUAUUCCAAUUUGUUACUCACAAGGGCUGAAGAGGUUUUCAAAUUCGCGGAUAGUUACAGAGGAUCUUACAAUAACAGUAAAGUUGGACGUUAUGUGUGUCCAUUUUAUUGUGAUUUCAGUGGCUAUGAGGAUGAUCUGCUAUGGGGAGCAGCCUGGUUAUACAGAGCCACUCUAAACAAGUAUUACUUCGACUACGUUUCAACUAACGUAUAUAAGAUGAGCAGGCCUUGGAACGUAGGUGAGUUCGGAUGGGAUACAAAAGAUGCUGGAAUUAGUGUACUUCUUUCAGAGUACCUGUUUUUCAACAAGGUGGAUUGGAAACCAUUUAUUCCCUACGCGGAUGAGUUUGUGUGCAGCGUAAUCCCUGGAUCACCAAAUCCAAGUGUUUUUUAUACCCGAGGUGGACUUAUCUACAAGCCAAACAUGCAUAGCCUGCAGAUACCAUCAGCACUCUCUUUUCUUUUCGUUGUAUAUGCGAAUAAUUUGAAAUGGGCAAAGAGAGUGGUGCAAUGUGAGCAUGGUGUAGUCACUCCGUCGAGGCUUAUUGAUCUUGCAAAAAGCCAGGUGGAUUACAUACUAGGAAACAAUCCAAUGGAAACAUCAUACAUGGUGAAUUAUGGAAGAAAUUUCCCGCGUAGAAUCCAUCAUAGAGGUUCAUCUAUGCCGUCCAUUAAACAACACAGGGAUCACAUUGGAUGUAAAGGUGGAACACCGUAUUAUGAAAGUAGAGGUUAUAAUCCAAACUUACUGACCGGAGCUGUUGUGGGAGGACCAGACGAGUGGGACCAAUUUGCAGAUGAUCGAAACAAUCCUGGUCAGUCAGAGCCAGCUACUUACAUCAAUGCACCUCUCGUCGGCCUAUUAGCUUACUUCAGUGAAAACUAAUUGAUGGCUCGUCGAGAAUGGAAUGACUAAAAAUAAAUAUAAACAACAGAGGUAGGUGAGAAGUUUUUGAAAAAAAUUAAGUGAGUGUAAAUUUAUUAUUAGUAGAUUUGUGAAGAAAUUGAGUAUAGGGCUAAUGGAGAACUUUUAAGAAAUGGAACCCGGGAAUGAAAUUUAUAAAUAAUUAUGUUGAGCAAAUGCUUAAUCAUUUUGUUGGA